AUGGAUUUGGUUAGCGCUGAAUUAGAAAAUGGUGUCUACUUCAAUGAAUUUUCUAAAGAAAACAUCAUGUCCGAAGAGCACGUAAUGGAAAAUUCAUCUGAGGCACCAAUUGUAGAAGAAGAAGAUAUAAGUAUUCCGGAAGUUCUCCAAGAAAGUGACGUCGAGCAAUUCGGAAUAGCAAAAGACGAGAAUGAGGAAAGCUCUAUUGCACCUGAAGUGGAAAGUGUGAAGAAACUCCAUUCAUUUUGA